AGCGCGUGCCGGGCGCAGCAUUGGAGCCUGCUGAUUGGCGGUGUGGGGUCACGUGACUGAAGGUGCUGGGGCUCUGCCCCGGCCCUGCCCCAACCCCUGGCCCUGCCCGGACCCCCGAACUCCCGCCUGGGCCCUCGAACCCCUACCCGAACCCUCGGCCCUGCCCGCACCCCGGAACUUCUGUCCGUAUCCCCGAACCUCUGUCCGCACCCCCGGCCUUACUCGCACACCGGCCCUGCCCGAGCCCCGGCCCUGCCCCAACCCCCGGCCCUGUCACGCUCCAGACGCACCGAGCAGCCGUCCCGUCCCAGGGCCGUCUCCGGGCAGCCGGGAGUCAGCGCUGCCGGGAGGAGGUGGCGGAGCCCUGUCCCGGUCUCUGCCUGUCCGGCUGGUGAAAUUGUCAUUACGGCUUCAGCCGUGACCUGCUAAAUGGGGUCUCAGGCGCCACUGGAACGCCGGAGCCGUGACUCAGGCCCUGUGUUCAGUGGGGUUGCUCCUGAAAUUAUCGAAGACACACUGAUCCACUUGGCCACGGAGAAUGAGCAGUACUUGAGUGAGCUGCCCGAGCAGGCUGGGUACUUCAAAGAUACACGGAUCGUGGAAUUUAUAUUCCUUUUGUCUGAAAAAUGGCACUUGGACCAAUCGACUCGGUACCAGGCAGUGGAGUUACUUGAACGGUUUAUGAUCAAGCAGGUAGAACAGAUGUGUGAUGGCAGAGGGAAUGCUAAAGGUCGUGACCAAGGGCAGAGGAGCAGCUGGAGCUCUCUGAGGGAUCAGAUAGUCAACACCUUUGUCCUGCGACUGGUGUCGUGUGUUCAGCUCGCCAGCAAACUCUCUCUGCACUACAGUAGAGUGACCAGUGACACAGCUUUAAAAUUUCUGCAGUCCUUAAAAUACUCCUACACUAAACAGGAAUUGCUGGAGUCAGAGCUUGCUGUUUUAAACACUCUGCACUUCCACAUCAAUGUGUCAACUCCGUUGGCCUACGUGGAAUUGCUUCUGGAGGUUCUAGGAUACAAUGGCUGCUUGCUUCCUGCCAAACCCUUACACCAGCUCUGUGUGCAGCUGCUGGAUUUCUGCUACCUGACCAGAGAGACCAUCUAUGACACUUUGCUGAAGAUCGCCAUCGAAAACUCCACCCCAAGCAAACUGCAGAUAGCCAAGUUUUUAACAGUGAAGGAAGAUUUCAUGCUCUUGGCUGUUGGAGUCAUCAGUACAGGUGUGUUCAUCCUGAGCCCUGGGCACUGGGAGCAGGUUGUGGAGCAUUUAAACUGCAUCACUGGCAUUUCUCCACAAAGUAUCCUGGAGUUCUCCUACGCCGUGGUGAGGCGCAUAGUUGGCAGCACCACACCUGAGCAGCACCGUGGGAACUGUGGAACCAAAUCUCCUCAGAAAUAGAAGCACCCUGUCCAUCCAGUCACUGGCACUGCAGCAGGAACUGUCAUGCUGCUGACAACUGUGACACUGCCCAGGCACCCAGCACAGCUCAGGGUGACCUGAACUGUGGAACAGCCUGGAAGUCGUGUUAAUGAGCAAAGCUUGUCCUGCUAAGCAUUGGACUCAUACUCUGAAGGGAGGCCCAACAGCAUCAUAGUGUUUAAAAAUGCCCCAAAAGCUUUGUUCUAAGAGCUGCAUCAUUUAAAUUCCCUUUAACCAGAGAGACCCCUCAGAGUAUUGUGUUUGAAAGGUGCUGCCAUGCCUGGAGCUCAGCUGGGGCUGGGAUUGCUGGGACCAGCUCUCAUACCCGUGUUACAAAUGGGGCUAUGCUGUCUCCUCUUGCUGCUUUUAUAAAAUCCCUGUCUCAGCUGCCUGUGAUUGUCCCCUCUGUGCCAGCAUUUGGAGCCUGUUUGCUCUUACCCCACCACAGCCAGUAGUGACAGCAUUGUGAUGGGGACAGAAUGGGGCCAGUGCUGUGACUGCCACCACAGCAGUGCCCAGGCUGGGUGACUCUGAGUGCCAGGGGUUUGUGCUGUGCCAGGCGCUGCUGGCUGGAAACACCUGGAAUGUGGAACAGUUCCAUUAUUUCCUCACUGCAGCUCUAUGCAGGAACAGACUGCAGGAGGGAUUACAGUGUUGUAAUGGUAUAAAACCUUGUUAAGUGCAGUAGCACAAAGAAGUGCUGAUAUGACGUAGAAAAUACUUUAUUUCAAACUGUAGUUAUUCUUUAAUGACCAGGCAGAGUUCUGGCAGUUUUUCCACAUUAUUCCCUGGGUUUUAAGGUCUGCUUUUCCAACCUUGCAUGAGCAGUAACAGAGCAGCAUCAAACUGAUGUGUUCUGAAGUGUGACAGUGAUUUACAUGUAUGGCCAUAAACCCCAAAAAUAACAGUUUAGAAUCCAUUUAAUAGCUGGGUUUUAUUCUGGUCAGCUCAAUGAUACAACUUUGCAUAUUGCUUUUCUAUAAACUACUUGUAAUAAUGUUAUUUUAAAUAAAGUGUCUUGUGGAUUUUUGGUAUUGU